AUGGCCUCACCCACCACUACACUGGAGGCUGCUGGGAAUCACACAGCAGGUUUCACUCUUGUGGUUCUUCAGUCUGGGGAUCUAUUUUCUCGCCCAGGAGACGCAGUGACGCUGGAGUGCAGGAUGGGGACAGGGUACAGCAUGGGCAGCCAAACCAUGCUCUGGUACCGUCAAAAGUGCCAUGGAGCCCAAAUGGAGUUCAUCCUCAAAGAAUACGAAGAAUCUGUCGGACGUUUCCGGUCUAAGCUUGAGGCCUCAAACAAUAUGUUUUCUCUUCGAAUCUCCGAGUUGUUUCUGAAUGACAGCAGCACCUACUACUGUGCUGCCAGUCACAAUUUCUCAGCUGCUGCUGUCAGUAUUCACCAGCCUCCAUCUGUGUUCACCAGAGACGGAGAGCAGAGUGUGACCCUCCGGUGUGAGCAGGACAAUGAUCAGCACUACUACAUGUACUGGUACAGGCAAAUCCAGACAAUUACUAUCAAACACCCGAAUGUGACAGUGCUUCAACCUUCAGAAAAAGAAUGCAAGGGACGAGACGGCAAGAAGAAGAAGACGCUGGUCUGUGUGGCCUCUGAUUUCUACCCCGAUCAUGUCAGCGUGUUCUGGCAGCUUAAUGGCCAGAACAUCACUAAUGGUGUGGCGACUGACACCAACGCCAAGAGGGAUGGAAACUAUUACAAAAUCACCAGCCGGCUGAAGGUCCCUCUCAGAGACUGGAAUAAACCCAAUAAUGUAUUUAUGUGCUUUGUCAGCUUCUUUGAUGGAACGGAUACCAACCUUUACAAUGCUACCAUCUCAUCACAACCAUCAACAGACUCAGGCAUUACCCGAGAGAAAUAUCUGAAGGUCCACCAGAACGCCAAACUCUCCUACGGCGUCCUGAUCGUCAAGAGCUGCCUCUACGGAGCCUUCGUCUGCUUUCUGGUGUGGAAGCUGCAGGGAAAACGUGGAAAACACAGCAAGUGAGAGCCGACCUGAAGCUUUGAUUCCUCCUCCCUGUACAUACUAAACCCGAUCUGCUGUUAUUCUGUAUAACCAGAAGCAAAUCUUUGGAUGUUUCAUGUUACUUCAUAGAAUUGAUAGGUGACAUGCAAAUAAGUCAACAUUUGUAUUUUUUUUCUUGAUACUUCCUUAGUAAUUGCUUUUUUUUUAUCUCCAUAUGCUCUUCAAUAAAAAAAAAAGUUUUAAAUAAUUCUAG